CCUGCCUGGGACAGCGUACAGCUGGCGGUCUGAACUUCAUCGUUCACUCUCGUCCCCAACGCCAUCCAUAUGCCGCAUUGGACUGCUUUAGCCGCAGAGAAGAAACAGAGGCAGCUCAAGUCCAUUCCACAGGAAUGGCUUGUCACCCCGCCUCCACUUUCUACCUUAGAUGUGACUGGUUUUCCAGAGUCCUGUGGUCUCUUGAAUGCUCGAGAAAUUGAGAUCACCAAUACUUCGGUGGAUGUCUUAUUGAAGAGACUUGCAAGUGCAGAAUGGACAGCUGUAGACGUCACCACCGCGUUCUCCAAGAGGGCCAUUGUUGCUCAUCAGCUUGUCAACUGCUUGACGGAAAUCUUUAUUGAUCGCGCAUUGGCCCGAGCGGCUGAACUUGAUGAUUACUUGAAGAAGACCGGGAAGGUUGUUGGUCCCCUUCACGGACUGCCCGUCUCUCUAAAGGACCAACUAUGUAUCAAAGGACUGGAAACCACUAUGGGUUAUGUCUCGUGGAUUGGGCAGUAUGCAGAGAAAAACGCAGUGUUGGUCGACAUUCUGAUCGAGUGCGGAGCUGUGCCAUUUGUUCCGCACCAACAUUCCACAGACACUUAUGUGGCCAGAAUCCUUCAACAGUGUCUUCGGUCGGACAACUAACCCACACAACGUCUCCCUGACCUCAGGUGGGUCGUCAGGAGGAGAGGGUGCAUUGAUUGCCCUCAAAGGAAGCCCAUUGGGAGUCGGUUCUGAUAUCGGAGGCUCUGUUCGUAUUCCCUCUGCAUUCUGCGGCAUAUACGGCCUGAGGCCGUCAUACGGGCGUGUACCGUACUGCGGUGCCCGCAACUCACUUGAGGGCCAAGACUCGAUUCUCUCCGUAUUCGGUCCUAUGACAAACAGUCUAUCCGGACUCAAAGUCUUCAUGAAAGCUGUCGUUGACUCCAAACCAUGGC